AUGCAGCCCCCCUCGGCCAAGGGUCCAAGCCCGGCCAAGGCCCCCUCCCCUGCCCCCACAAAAGCGCCUUCACCGGCGAGUGGCGUGCGACCGUCGCGGAAUGUAAAAGGAAGCAAAGUUGCACCCGCUCCUGAAGAGGAGGUGGAGGUAAAGAAGGCGGAGAAGACAGAAGUGAAGAAGCAGGUCGAGAUCGUCAAUGGAGCGCCCCCAGAGAGAGCGGAUGGCAACUGGGAGCCGCCCCAGAAGGAGCUGGUGGUGCCCCCUGAACAGCUCAAGCUUACGCCGGAAGAGCUCAAGGAGGAGAUUACCAAAACGCUCACCGCAAACAACCCGUUCGCCCCCCACAACAUCGCCCGAUUCACGUACAAGGAGCGGCAGUUCAAGUUCGAUCCGAUGGUCGACCAGACGAUGGUGCACUUCUCAUCGGACGGCUGGAUGCUGAACAAGGACAGCGAGGAGGCGGGGCGCCAGAUGGAACUAGAGCGGCAGGAGGCGGACGCGCGGGCAGCUUUUGAGGCGCAAGCGCACAAAUUUGCGGGCGGGACGGACAGCGAGCUGGUGGACGACAACGAUGUCUGCGCAAUCAAAGUGGUCAGAUGUCUGACGCGGCAUUCGAUGCGCGCGCGCGCAAGCCGGCGGGCGGGGAGGACGACUGGUGGACGACAGCAAUCUAUCUUGCAACCACAAGAUGCAGAUGUCCUGACGUCAGCAGAUAUCUUUUCUAAGGUCAGCAAUCUACCGCAGGCGGCGUUCGAGGCGCGCGCGCGCAAGCCUGCGGGCGGGGAGGACGAGCUGGUGGACGACAGCAUGGACCUGCGCAACUCGUUCAACUUCAGCGAGCGCGCGGCGCAGACGUACAACAACCCCACGCGCGACCGCGCGACCGCGACGGAGCCGCCGCACACCAACGACUUUUGCGGAAUGGCCACGCAGUGGGCCAUCUUCGACGGAUACAUGGAGGACCAGGAGCGGCAGCGGUUGAAUAAGGAGCUAAGAAAGAAUAAGGGUACGGCUGCCUCUUUCACUGAUGGGGCCCGGAAGAGCUCUGUGAACGUCACAGUGACCCCCGCGUUCUGCUUCCUGCAAACUAGGGUUUUUCUGCCUUCCAUUUCCGAUUGCACGCAAGACAACCCAUCAACCCUCCCACCCUUCCCGCAGAAUAAGGGUACGGGCGCUUCUUUCACCGAUGGGCCCCGGAAGAGCAUGUCCGGCGACGGCAACGCGGGGACGAGCGGCAGCGGGCCGCCCAGAAAGGAGGAGACCGAGAGCGUCGUGCACAACAAAGCCAUGUCGAAGGCGGUCAAGGUGGUGGAGCGCAUGGUGAACCAGAACUCGUUCGACGACAUCGCGCAGGACUUCAAGUACUGGGAGGACGCGAGCGACGCGUUCCGGGACGGCGAGGGCACGUGCCUCCCGCUCUGGAAGUUCUACACGGAGCGCGCCAAGCGCAAGCACGUGACCGCCAUCGCCUGGAACCCCGAGUUCGUCGACCUCUUCGCGGUCGGGUACGGCAGCUUCGACUUCGUGCGGCAGACGAGCGGGCUCAUCUGCUGCUACAGCCUCAAAAACCCGUCGCACCCGGAAUACACGUUCACAACGGAAUCCGGCGUCAUGUGCCUAGACUUCCACCCGCAGCACAGCAGCCUGCUUGCCGUGGGUCUCUACGACGGAACGGUCCUGGUGUACGACGUCCGGAACAAGAUCAACCGUCCGAUCUUCGCAUCGACGGUCAAGACGGGCAAGCACACGGACCCGGUGUGGCAGGUGCGGUGGCAGGAGGAGGACCUAAGCAAGUCGCUCAACUUCUUCAGCGUCUCCAGCGACGGCCGCGUCACGCUCUGGACAAUGAGCAAGUCCGAGCUGCAGUUCCACGACGUGAUGGAGCUCAAGCUGAGCGGCAACGUGUCGGACACGGACCUGGAAGAGGACGAGACGGCGCUGGGCAGUUUGGCCGGCGGAUGCAGUCUGGAUUUCAACCAGCACAGCGAGCACCUUUUUAUUGUGGGCACGGAGGAGGGCAGGAUACACAAGUGCUCCAAGGCUUACCACUCGCAGUAUCUGGAAACGUACAAGGGCCACUCUAUGGCGGUAUAUACCGUCCAGUGGAACCCGUGGCACCCCAAGGUGUUCCUGUCCGCGAGCGCUGACUGGACGGUUAAGCUGUGGGAGCACACUAACCCGAAACCGGUCAUGUCGUUCGACCUGAACAACGGCGUCAGUGACGUCACAUGGGCGCCGUUUUCUGCAACGACCUUUGCGGCGGUCACCAGCGACGGAAAGGUCCACGUCUUCGACCUGAACGAGAACAAGCACGAGCCCAUGUGCGAGCAGAAGAUCGUGCGGAAAGCCAAGCUGACGCGGGUGUCGUUCAAUCCCAAGCACCCGAUCCUGUUGGUGGGUGACGACCGUGGAUGCGUCACGUGCCUCAAGUUGUCGCCCAACUUGCGCAAGUCGAUCAAGCCCCACGCCAGCAAGGAGGUUACGCAGGAGCAGGUUGCCAAGUUGGAUAAGAUCAUCGAGGUGGCUCUCAAGGGAGAAUAA